AUGCUGCAUACCCAAGGGUCCCCGCUUCCCCGUUCCACAACCGCCAUUGUCUGCUCGUGUCAUCUAAUGGCCGCUGUCUCCGUCAUGGCUGGACCUUCCUCUGAGAUGACCUCUGAGGAACAGCUGAUCACCCAGGAGCCCAAAGAGGCCCACUCCACGACGGCCCAGAAGCAGAGCAAGCAGAGGAAGCGAGGGCGACGUGGGCCCCGCAGGUGCCACGCCAACUGCCGCGGGGACAGCUUCGCCACCUAUUUCCGCCGGGUGCUGAAGCAGGUUCACCAGGGCCUCAGCCUUUCCCGGGAGGCCGUGAGUGUCAUGGAUUCUUUGGUCCAUGACAUACUGGACCGCAUCGCCACCGAGGCUGGUCGCCUGGCCCGCUCCACCAAGCGCCAGACCAUCACCGACUGGGAGAUCCGGACCGCUGUGCGCUUGCUGCUGCCGGGGAAGAUGGGCAAGCUCGCCGAGUCCAAAGGCACAAAGGCUGUCCUCAGAACUUCACUAUAUGCCAUACAGCAGCAGAGAAAGUGA